AUGGCGGCGACAGCCGUCGUUCUCCACCACUUCCCUCUCUCGUCCCCUUCUCGAAAAAUAUAUCGUUCUCAACUCUCGAUUCCCACCAUACUACGUCUCCAGCACCACCGCUUCAACGCUUCUCCUCUCUUUCAGGAAGGUCAGAGUUUGAAUUAUGAUUGGCGGACUAGGGGUGUCAAUCCUCGAAGCGGCGUAGCGAUGGGGGAUUAUGGCUAUAUAGACGACGACGACGAUGACGAAGAUGAAGAGGAUGAAGAGGAAGAUAGGAGUUUGGACCUUUUGAUUAGGUUCGUAGAGAAUAUUUUCAGAAAGGUCUCCAGAAAAGCACGCAAGGCCGUUCGAUCUGUUCUUCCUGUCCCUAUCUCCGCCCAAUUGGUUGGAUUUGCUGUUAAUGGAGUAAUAAUUCUGACAUUUUUGUGGGUUUUGAAGGCAUUCCUAGAGGUAAUUUGCUCCUUUGGGAGUGCAGUGUUCGUGAGUAUUUUGCUUAUUCGCGGGAUAUGGACUGGGAUAUCCUACUUCCAAGAAAGCCGUAUUCACAGGGCAGAUGAUGAUGAUCCCCAUAUGGCAUGGAGUGGCACAAAACCUGCCCUUUGA